AAAGGAAAGAAACUGGAAAGGAAGAUGCUUUGUCUCACUCCACAAUUUUAGUAUUUAUCACUCCCAAACAAACCUUCUUUUCCCAGUUUCCAACCCGCCAAAAACACUCUCAUUUCUCCAUUUCCGCCAUUAAACCCGACCUCUAUCUUCUUCCCUUCAUUCAAUUCCAACCCACUUUUUGGGGGAUUUUCAGUUCUGUUCCAGAUCCCUCUGAAUUUGUUUUCAUCUUCUUCCCCAAAACGUGAGAGACGUAGGGCCAAAUUUUGGCGAUGGAUGUGUCUUCUACUUUUCCCAUACCGGAGCUGCCAGCCUCCGUAGCUUUUUGCCACUAAAACGGUGAACCCACAACCUCCAUGGCUACCACAAACACCAAUGUUGUCGGCGGCGACGACGAUCACGUCUUGGCCACCGCUCAACAGAUCGUCAAGAGCCUCAAUACCCCUAAAGAGGUUCGUGAGGAUAUGCUCCUGAUUCUCUCCAGUUUUGAUAAUCGUCUUUCCAGUAUUGGUAGUAUGAUCAACCGUGACGACUCUAAGACCAAGAACGAUAGGUUGGACGCCGCUGAGAAGGUGAUUCUCCGAUGGGACCCUAAUUUCGAUGUGUCUAGACGGUCGGUUAAUUGGGAGGAUUGGCAGGACGAGGCGGCUGAAUAUUUAUCAGCGGUGGAUGAUAUACUCCAGUUAGUGGAUGAGCUUUCGAUUGGGUCCGAAUCAACCGACAUUGUAGAUCGAGCGGAAAACGCGAUCCAAAUGGCUAUGUGUCGGCUUGAGAGCGAAUUUCGCCAUAUCCUGAUCCAGAGUACAGUCCCUCUCGACGCCGAGCGGCUUUAUGGCUCGAUCCGAAGAGUUCACCUCUCAUUUGCUUCCCAUUACAGUGAAAUUGACGACGAAUUCGAGAGUUUCAGUGAGGAAAGUCGCAGUUCUGGGCGAUUCCAUGAGCGAGGUGCGACAAUUGGAGAAGAUUCUUGGGUCGAUUUGAUCCAUCCCGAUGCGGCUGUUGAUCUUUCGGAGAUUGCGGACCGUAUGAUUCGCUCUGGAUAUGAAAAGGAGUGUGUUCAAGUCUACAGCACCGUUCGUCGUGAUGCUUUGGAUGAGUGUUUGAUGAUUCUUGGCGUCGAACGGCUCAGCAUUGAGGAGGUUCAGAAAAGUGACUGGAAAUUCUUGGACGAGAAGAUGAAGAAAUGGAUUCAGGCCGUCAAAAUUACAGUCCGGUUGAUUUUGGAAGGUGAGAAGAGGCUUUGUGAUCAGAUUUUCAAUGGCGCCAGUGAAUCAAAGGAGAUCUGUUUUAAUGAAACAGCAAAAGGGUGUGUAAUGCAGCUGUUGAAUUUUGGUGAGGCAGUGGCUAUUGGAAAGAGGUCACCGGAGAAGCUGUUCCGAAUCUUGGAUAUGUACGAUGCUUUGGCCAGUGUUUUGCCCGACUUGGAAGCCAUGGUUUCUGAUGAGUUUCUGAUCCAUGAAGCACAUGGAGUUUUGUCUGGACUGGGAGAAGCAGCCACAGGGACAUUUGUCGAGUUUGAGAAUGCCAUUGAAAACGAAAAUUCGAAGAAAGCAAUGCAAAAUGCUGAGAUUCACCCACUUAUUCGAUAUGUAAUGAAUUAUGUUAGAUUGCUGGUUGAUUACAGUAAGACAAUUAACUCUCUUUUAGAAGAUGACGAAGUACAAGACAUGCCAAAUGAGAGGCAUAACGACGAUAAUUUGCAGUUGGAAAGUACGUCGCCUUUAGCUCGUAGAUUAUUAAUGUUGUUAUCAUCUUUGGAGUCCAAUCUUAUGGAAAAGUCCAAGCUGUACGAGGAUAUUGCUAUGCAGUACAUAUUUCUAAUGAACAAUAUAUUGUACAUAGUGAAAAAAGUGAAAGAUUCUGAGCUUGCCCAGCUACUUGGCGAUAACUGGCUUCGCAGGCAUAGCGGCCAAAUUCGCCAAUAUGAAACGAGUUACCUAAGAGCUUCUUGGAGCAAAGUUUUGUCUUGCUUAAAGGAUGAAGGUAUUAGUGGGAGCACAAGCAAUGCCUCCAAGGUAGCUUUGAAGGAAAAGUUCAAGAAUUUCAAUGCAGGUUUUGAGGAAAUCUGCAGGGUUCAAACAGCUUGGAAGGUAUCAGAUGCUCAACUGCGUGAUGAGCUGAUAAUAUCUGUUUCGGAGAAAGUGAUUCCAGCAUAUCGCUCCUUCUUAGGAAGGUUUAGAAAUCAAUUAGAGAGCGGAAGGCAUUCCGGGAAGUACAUAAAGUACACGUCGGAUGAUUUAGAGAACUCUCUAUCAAAUUUGUUUGAAGGAUCACCUGCUAUAUCACAUCACUUGCGAAGAAAUGGUACUUGAACUGAAAGAAAUCCAAACCUGAAACUGUUUGAAGAGUUCCUUCCUUAUCGCUUGUGGCGGGCCUCUGAUUUUCACCCAACAACUAUCAAAAUUCCCCACUCCCAUUAAGUUUGAGGAACAAGUGAGUGCAUUCAGUUACACACAGCUAGCUAGCUAACAAGGCAAUUCAGUUGGUCAGAUGAAGCAUCAACAGCUCAAUUAUUAUUCAAUGACAGCUUUUCUAGUCCCAUCAUUUGAUUUUGGAAGGCCAAUUACCUAGAGAUUCUUUCAA